UCCUGUAGAUAGGGGCAGAGUUUGGCGUGUGAGAGUGGGAGAUGGACCGAGGGCGCUCUUCCGAGUAGCAGAGGCGAAGAGCGACUCGAAUAGCAAGAACUGUUGAAAUAAUAGAUGAGAUUGGGUCUGCGAUAGCCUAAAACAAGAACAAAUAAGCCACCCAUCUUUCACGUCUACUUCACACACAUUAACACGGCAUUGAUGGUAAUGUAUGCAAGGAAACAACCGAGACUCGGCGAUGGGUGCAACGACCGAAGGGACUCUCAGCCCUACCAGACUCUUAAAUACUCAUCCAAGAGUCACCCAGGUAGCGAUCAUCGACAUGAGAAGAUGCGGGACAACAAUGAUGCCACCCCACCAUGUAAAAUACUCCGGCGGUCUGACAGUCCCGAAAAACACAUCGACAGCACUGGUCACGCUAGACCAAAAGCUAUCCACCCACACCGGGGAAGAGAGCGAGACGGUGGGACCAUUAUUUCCCCUCAAGAGAACUCACACAACCACAGUUCCCUGCACAGCUCCAACUCGCACUCGAACCCCAACAAAUCAGACACACCAUAUGAUCCUGCGGAUGACUGGUCAGAACACAUCAGCUCUUCAGGGAAGAAAUACUACUACAACUGCAGAACAGAGGUGUCACAGUGGGAGAAACCCAAAGAGUGGCUGGAGAGAGAACAGAGACAGAAGGAGGCGACUAAAGUGGCAACAGGGACGGCAGCAGUGGUCAACAGCUUCCCUAAAGACAGGGACUACAGGCGCGAGGCCAUGCAGCCGGCCCCCGCCAGCUUCUCCAGCACCAAGUCGGUGGUUGCCACAGAAAAGCCUUCCUCUCUCACCCCUUCCUCCUCUUCCUCAUCCGCUGCUGUGUCUGGCCUAAGUGCCGUCAAUCCUGCUAGCUCUGCCUCUAGUUCUACAAUUCCAGUUUCUCCGGUAAUGCAGUCACCAGCUACGCCCACCAUCCUUCAAGACCCCUCCCUCCUACGCCAGCUCCUCCCAGCUCUGCAGACGGCGCUGCAGUUGAACAAUGCCAGCGUGGACAUGGCGAAGAUCAAUGAAGUUCUCACAGCGGCAGUAACGCAGGCAUCGCUGCAGUCGAUGCUCCACAAGAUCCUGACCGCUGGUCCGUCUGCCUUCAACAUCACAACCCUGCUGUCCCAGGCUGCUCAGGUCUCUAGCCAAGCCCAGCAGUCCAGUCAGUCUCCGAUGUCUCUGACGUCAGACGCUUCUUCCCCACGGUCGUAUGUCUCUCCCAGGAUCAGCACACCCCAAACGAACACAGCACCCCUCAAACCCCCCCUCAGCACCACGCCCGUCUCCUCCCAGUCUAAGCACCAGGUAAACGCUCUUGGGGUUAAGUCCAGUUCUCUUCCUCCGCCUUCAUCGCAGCAACCCCUCCCCUCAGACAAACAGCAUGACAGCAGCACCUCUCCACGGACACUGCAGAGACAGAGCAGUCAGCGAAGCCCCUCGCCCAGUCCCAACCACGUGAGCGCCAGCAACAGUGGCAGUAAUAACGGCGGUAGUGCGGCGCAGGGUGGCAACGUAGCGGGCGGGCCGGUGCCUACGGGCCCCGUGGCGGCCGGCGCUGGUGCGAGCAGACCCACCUCCUCCUUCACCCCCUCCCUGGCUGCGCACUUUAACGAGAGCCUGAUUAAACACGUGCAGGGCUGGCCCGCGGAACACGUGGAGAAACAGGCGGUCCAGGCCUCGCGGUUACGGGAGGAGGCCCACACCAUGGGCAGCCUCUACAUGUCUGAGAACUGCACGGAGCUGAAGAACCUGCGCUCACUGGUGCGGGUGUGCGAGAUCCAAGCCACACUGCGCGAACAGAGGAUACUUUUUUUGCGACAACAAAUUAAAGAACUUGAAAAGUUGAAGAAUCAGAACUCCUUCAUGGUUUGAGAACUCUGGGUUUCUUUGGUGUGGUGUUUUGAACGGAAGGAGAUAAGAGGUAGGGGAAUGAGUGGGGAACCCAUUUUGUGCACACGGAACCCUGGAGAAUAACAGUUCUGUUGUGCUCUGUUCUGGGCCCAGUCUUAACCCUUGAGCUGCAGUGGGCUGUGGAUUGAGGGUCGGGGACGGUGGGAGUGGUCAGAGAAGGCCACGGGCCAGCCCGGGUGGAGUGCUUUUGGGACUUGCUCUUGCCAGGCAUCCUGUAUAAUGUAGAUUUCUUGUAGAUGUUAUUUCCAUGUUGUAAAUAUGUUUUGUAGAGGAAGCCAUGCCUAUCAGAAAAGCUUUUGACAUCCAAAUGUUGAGAACUAAUCAGCACCGAUAUGGACUGAGGGUCCCCAGUGUCUCCAUUCCUCCAUGUGCGAAAAUCUGACUGCAGCAAAACCUCAUUUUGAAAAACAGAAUCCAAAAGCGCACUUCAGAAUAAUUCUCCAUGAGCCAUUGCCUUGAGCAUGUACAAGAUCUGCAUGGAAAAAUGGUGGAUGAUCCAGUGGGGGCCACUAGUGGGGAUGAGGACGCACAGCCACGCGGACAUGCGUGCGCGCGCGCACACGCACGCCCUUUGUCUUCUGACCAUGCACUCCUCCACGUUCUAAAACCAGUUUUACUUUCCCAUUCUCUCUGUGCGUAAUGGUAAUGAUGCUAAAUGGUUAACUGAACUUUUUCCCCCCCUAUCUGUUCCUUUCACUGGUUGCACUGUAAUGGUACCACUACCCACCCCAUGCAAUUUCAAAGGGUUUAGAUCAUGUCUGUGCCCAAUGGUUCAGUGGUGUCUAAACUGCCCCGAUGGCCCAGCUGUGCCCUCUGUCAACAUCAGUGCCCGCCUGUGUGGAGGAGAAUGUGUAGGCGAGGAACUGGGGGGGGGCAAGUCCUAGCUCAGUGAGCGAGAGGGAGACUGACGGGGAGAAGGCUUCAAAGCCCAGCCCACCUGCCACCCAGUUUGACUUCAGUUAAGAAUGGUGGAGUCGUCCAGUUGUCACCAAGACCUUUUUUUUUUUUUUAUUAUAGUUGUUUACCAGACUUUCCAAUGAGUUUAUUUUUCGUAUUUCUUUUCCUUACUCUUAUUUUUGUUUAAACUGUAUUUUUAAAAAAAAGUGAGUUUUGCAACUUGCAUUUAAAUCCAAGAGCUCAUUCCUUUGUACAGUUGCUAAGUAAUAAUGGAGUUUAAAAAAAAAGUUUUAUUAAAAGUUGCAGUGAUUUACUAGUAUAUCAUAUGUCGUAUUCAUAAAUUAUUGCCACACAUUUUCCUUUGCACCCUGAUUGGACAGAGUGGAGCCAGUGCUACUGAAUAGGAGAAAACUCACGGAUGAGGACUGGACAUAACCAACCCCGCUACGUCAGAAUCAGGGCAGGGUCACCUGGGGUCAGAAGGGCAAAUGUGAAAUGUAUGUAUUGUAAUAAACAUGCUAAAGUAAAACUGA